AUGCACGCCUUGGUGUUUCAUGUCCCCACAAUGAUUAGCAUGCAUGGAUUAUUGAAACGAUUCAGCGGUGAAGGUAUUAUUAUUGUGAUAACCCAAGAAGUAUCAUGAUAAUAUUAUUUAUUAAUCAUAACUAUCAUUACUAUAAGUAAUUGGACAGCAUAGGCGUGAAUAGCAUCUAAAUUUGCUUCAUGACGUCUAUCAAACCCUCUUGGAUGAUCUUGUGUUUGUUUGGUUUAAUUAAGAUCAUUUAGAGAAUUACAGACACGUAAGGCUAUGAGAAAUGGCUUGAAAAUAUCUUUUUCAUACCCAGAAUGGCUUUUGUCUAAUCCAGUAGACAUAAAGAAUAACCAGCUGCUUGUGAUCACAUAUUUGUUCUUACCAGGUGUGGAAGGGAAAAAUGAUGACUUCCGCCGAUACUUCCACAGGAACAUUUACAGAUGGGAUGCUUGUACCAGCCUACUCCUAGUAGAGUAA